AUGAAUACAGAGAAAGUUUUGUUACAAAAUUUAAUAGCGUCAAAAAAAAAUAUUAAACGAAAAAUAAUGGAAAUGAAACGUGGUGUUAUAGAUUCCGACAAUUAUUUUCGUGAAGCAUUUAAACCAAUAAUUGAACCAUUAAAUACACAUACAGAACAAAAUGCUAUAUGGAACACACAGUCGACUGAACUAAAAAAUAAAUCAGAAACCUCAUACACUAGUGAAGAAGAUGAUAACGAUGAAUUAAAUUCAGAUCCAUUAACGUAUCAACUAAAAGACAGUUUAAAUAAUUUAAUAUUAGGAAAUUUGUAUGUACAAGAAUUAAAAAAAACAUUUUUUCCCGAUACCUUUCUCAUUGAACGUGUAAUAAAAAAACAUAAAAACAAAUUAUAUGUUAAAUGGUUAGGUUUUGACAAUAGCCAUAAUUCGUGGGUAAAUGUAAACGACACUUUAAAAUAG